CGCGCUGGCGCUGCCCCAGGGCCCGGGCAGCGGGGCCACCGGGAAGAGCCGCCCAGCCCCGCCGCAGGUGUGCGCCGGGCCCCGAGGAGCAGGCCGUACCAGAUUCUCAGGAGAGAAGCUCCCAAGCGCUCCCGGACAAUGGCAGGGAAAAAAGUCCUGAUAGUCUAUGCACAUCAAGAGCCCAAGUCCUUCAAUGGAUCUUUGUUGAAGAUUGCUGUGGAAGAAUUGACCAAGCAGGGCUGCAGUGUCACAGUGUCGGAUUUAUAUGCAAUGCAGUUUGAGCCAAGAGCAACAAGAAAUGACAUUGUUGGUCGCUUGCAUAACUCGGAAGCUUUCAAUUAUGGCGUGGAGACCUGGGAAGCUUACAAGAGGGGAGGUUUGUCCAAAGAUCUGGUUGAAGAGCAAAAGAAGGUGCAGGAAGCAGACUUGCUGAUUUUUCAGUUUCCCUUGUUUUGGUUCAGCAUGCCUGCGAUCCUGAAGGGCUGGAUGGACAGAGUCUUGGUCCAAGGCUUUGCUUAUGAUUUGUCAAAGUCUUAUGAUGGCGGUUUGCUCCAGGACAAAUUAUCCCUGUUUUCUUUCACCACUGGAGGAACCAAAGAAAUGUAUUCAAAUGGAAGUAUCGGUGGUGAUAUUCGUUAUGUUCUGUGGCCCAUGCAGCAUGGAAUCAUGCACUUCUGUGGUGUCAAAGUCCUUGAACCUCACAUCUGUUAUGCUCCAGAGUGUGUCUCUGAGGAGAAGAGGAAGGAGAUGCUGACUGCCUGGACCCAGCGUCUGAAGACUCUUUGGAAGGAAGAACCCAUAAACUGCUCUCCUGAGUGGUAUUUCAAGUAGUGUUCAGGUACAAGACUACAGAGAGAAGAUCAUUUUUCUCCAUUCUUUUGGAUGCUCUAUCUAAAUACCUGAAUGCUAAUCUCCUAAUUCAAAUGCAUUUUAACAAUCUGGAAUACAGCAGCUAGCAGCUUAACAGAAAAUUCAGCAUUUAUCUUCAUCGGUUUCUGAGGGAUUCUCAAUAAGGAUGGGUGCAAAACUCUUUGUGAAGCUCUCCUUGCUCACAUAAACUGUGAUAUUAUCCAGCCCAACUGUGAUUGAUAACACAAGUGGUAUUUAACGGGAGAUGAUACCAUUGCUGCUUAUGAAACAAUAAAGUACAUGGCCAAGGUAAUUUUAA